CGGGGUUUGAGACAGAGAGAGCAAGGUUCCAGACAAGGCUCCGCGAAAAAAAGGUGGUGUGACGGAGAGCUGGCGAAUUGCCGGCGACGGAGACAGACAAACGCAAGCCACCUCCAUGUGCUCACUGGCCUGCCGAGCUCCAACCCACCACCACCACCACCACCACCAUCUGGGCGCGCCCCCUGCCGAACCAAAGUGCGUAGUAAUGUAUUACUUUCAAUAAAGAGCCAGCCGUCCAGCCGUGUGGCAGAAGGGGGACAGUGCUGGCCAGGCUCUUCCUCCCUCGUUCCUCUCACCAAGGCACUUUAUCACACUCACAACACCAACGCCUACACGGAUGGUUCCUUCCCAGACACCUGGACGGCAGUCGCGCCCGUGGUCUGUACUUUGUCCUCUAGAGUCAGACCCCGCGGCCUGCAGCUCGCUGCAGCUCUCAUGAAGAUGCCAUCUUGUUGUCCCUUCCAACCUCGCUUCCAUCCUCGUCAUCAUCGACAUCGUCACCGGCAUCAAUAAUAGCUUCCCCGUCGCAACACCGUCGUCUGUUACCGUGACACGGUAUCGAUACUAUCCUUCCCUUUUGUCUCACCUCGUCCCGAGUUAUCCAACCCUACUCUCGGAGAUCAGCCUACUCGCAGCAACAACGUCAUGGCGGCCUUGAUGCCUCUAGAGUCCCCUUUGGCGGACCCCUCACUUGCUCCCCUACCUCGCACGCCCGCGGAGUUCCCUGCCCCAUUGAACACAACCUUGCUCGGUACCUCGUACGGUGCCAAGAAUUGUGUUGUCAAAAUCAAUGUCUUCGGUCACCACGCGGCCAAGGCCUUCACGACGGGCGAGUUGAUCCGCGGAACAGUCAACGUCACUGCCCCCAUUGACAUACCGUUUCGCACCAUCACCAUCACCCUGGUCGGCUGUGCUCGGACUACGUCGUACAUGGGCUGGACUGGGGGCCCGAAGACGUACCGGAUUCCUCUCAUUAGAGCCCCCAUGUUGCCGUAUGGGUGGUUGCCGGACCCGGCCAUCGAAGGCAAGUUCACUUCGAAGACAACGUACAGGCAGCAAUUCAGCUUUGUGAUCCCGGAACAGCUCCCUAGCUUCCACUGCUUUGGAGCCUGCAGCAAUCCCGACGCCGCGGAGCGCCACAAGCGGUUUCAUCCCACCACGGGGAAUUUCCAUCUCGAUGACCUGGCCCCGACGGUCACCAACAUCAUCUACUACAUUAGCGUGGAGGCGGUUCUGAAGGAAGGCGAUGAUCCCAAGAUGUCGAAACUGUUCCAGGCGUCAUAUCCCCUCCCGAUUUUCCCGUAUUGCCCAGAUGAGCCCCCCCGCAUCAUCACAAACCAGGACGUCAGGUACAACAUGUGCAACACCAAGAAGCUCAGAAGGUGGUUGAUGCCUUUCUCGAGGUCUCUUGGCACACUCACGGCCGUCGCAUCCCAACCCCCCGCCAUCAUGAUGAACGCGCACACCCUCGCGACAACCCCGACCUGCGCCCGUAUCAACUUGUUAUUCACGCCAACGACACGAGGACAAGGCCCCCCCCACAUCGGCUCAAUCAAGGUUGCCCUCAAGGCCUGCACUUUCUUCAGCACCCGGCCGAUGGACUGCAUCCCUGACAUGGGCGAUGCACCGCCUGCCUUGACGGCUAGUAUCCCGCUCGAGUACUCGACGAAGCGCGUCCUCGUCACCGUGUUCCCGGACGCCCCAUCAUGGAAGCGUGAGCAGUGCGAGAAAUGCCGCGGACAAGGAUCCCCGAGCUCUUCUGUUUGCUUUAAACCCAGCCUUGACGAUAUGGGCCUUGACAAGAAUGACGCGCCCAUGAUUGACACACGCGAGGUGCCCGAGGGCGAGGAACAACAGCACCGGCCACCUACGGUAUCGUGGCCGAUUGCGCCACCUGAACAUCGGUGCGAGUAUCCCUCGUAUCAAGCGCUACUCAGGAUACGAUUUGGUCUCGAAAAUCAAAAGGGCACCAUGUUUCUGCCCACGUUUUACUCGUGUACGAUUGCGCGGACGUAUAAGCUCAAGCUGAGGAUGAUUGUCGGUCCAGCGAGACACACCAUGAAAUUUGGUGUGCCUCUGCAGAUCGGCGUGGAGCGUUACUCCCAAUCUAAACGCGAACCCGAACCACGCUCACUAGGCCCGAAUCCGGAUGAGGGCGAGGGCGUAACGCAGCAUGAAGUGCCUGCCGUGCAUGGCCAGGGACGAGGAGAGGAGUCAUCAGGGGAGGAGUCGUGAACUGGCUGGCAAUGUUCUCCAGAUAUGUUGCGCUGGGUGUGGUGUGCUUGCUCGCAUGGAACUAGUCGCCCAGCGCUCAUGGUUUGACGAUAGCGAGAUGGCUUGUCGUCUCGACAUCAAUAGCGAGACACCUCAUCGUUCAUACGAGGGGUGUUUGUGCCAGGCUCUCGACACAAGUUGUAUUAGCUGUUAUCAAUACUAAUGUCAGCGGAUUGCUCAUUUCAUGCAUUUGGAAACGGAAGUCGUCACUUGGAGGACGCGGCCUCGCGACAGGCCUGCGGAUCGAGGGGCUUUCGAAACAGCCAAGCGGAAUGCCACCCCCAAGGACAGUUUUGACGCCAAGAGUUGGCGCAUGGGGAACGUUCAGAAUAACCACGAUGAAAUGCAGAAGCGAUGUCUUGAUAUGCAAACAUGACAGAUGUAACGCCAGCCAUGCCGCGGCACGAAUACCUAAAAAGACAUACCAGAAAAUGGAGGCAACCAACCAACCCAAAAGCCACACGACACAAGGCACCUGUCCCGUACUCGCACACCUAGUGUAUCUCACACGAUGACGACAGUUUCUUAUGCUGUCGUCUUUCCCCCACCGGGAGCGAGCCCCCUAUACAUGUAAUGACAAAAAGUCAUAGCUCACGACGGUGCUUCUGCUCCUCCUUUGUCUCGUCUCAAGUGGCGGCGCCGCCGGUUCUUGGUGGUAGUGUAACGGUGUUAGUGCAGCAUGUAGGAUAGGUCGGGGAGGUUGCGCAGUAUGUCGGCUACGAGCUGGUCGUCUGCGAUGGGUGGAUUUGCCCCUGGAGCUGGAGGAGCUGCUGCUACUGCGGCGGCCGCUGCUGCAAUUGUUGGUUUUGUUGUUGUUGCUGUCUGUCUAGUGGCCAGCGAUGCGGUGGCGGCGGUGGUAGUGGUAGUGGUAGAGGCGGGUGGUAGAGGGAAGGGCGUGUCGGCCGGAUUGGAUGGUCCGAGGGACGGCGUGGGGGGCUCCUGGACAGGGCUCCUCCUCGUCGCGGCCGCGGCCGCCGGUUUCGGAGUGCCGGCCUCGGGUGCGCCGUGGACGGGCAAGGGUGAGGCUGCCGUGGCCGACGUAUCCCAGGGGUCGAGGUCGCUGCUCGACGGGGCGCCGUGGGUGAUGGUCGUUACGAGGGUAUGCUGGGACUCACCCUCCUCCUCCUCUGCGCUAGACGACGACGACGAGUCGUGCCAGUCGGAGUCCUGGGCGGCCCAGGGGUCGUUGGGCGUGCGGCUAGGCGCGGCCUUGAUGUGGAUUUCUGUGCUCGGGAGGAGGGUGGACUCGUCUGUGUCGUCGGGCGGGAUGACGCUGGCGCGAUCAAGGGGUGUCGCGGCGGCGGCGGCG